AAUCAGACAGGUACGGAUAAAUUUAAAACUUUUCCCCCUUUUAUAAUUUUUUUUCACGUAGUGUUUCGCAUCUUCUCUUUGGUCAUCUACAAUUCUGCACCACCAUAGCUUCAGAAUUUCCUCAAUGUCAUAGGGGUUUAAUCAGUGAAAAAUAAAUAAUCCCAAAUGAUAUUAUUGUUCAACAAUCUUUAUUUUGGUCAAGAAAUUAUGGGUCAUUCUAAAAUUAAUGCUAGCAGAAGAGACCAUUUCCUCAGUGGAUUAAUUACUUGGAUGGGUCCAAAUUCACCUUCUUGUACACACACUGAUGGUGUAAAAAAGCUGCAAGGACUCAGAUAUAGGAAUAUGUCAUCUCGGAUAGUGGGAAAGUUCAGUCAAAAUAGUCAAGAUAUCUCACAAGAGUUCCAGCUUCCAUCCGCAUAUGAAUCUGCCAUGGAAGCUCUUUCGACUCUCAUUACUCAGAAAAAACGAAAUGGCAUACCAGCCAUUAGUGGUCAAAGCCAGAAACUGGACAGAAUGUUGAGGUACAUUAAGAUUUUGGGCUUGGAAGAAGAGAUAGCAGGCCUUAAGAUUAUCCAUGUUGCUGGAACUAAAGGAAAGGGUUCAACAUGUGCCUUCUGUGAAGCAGUUUUACGGGAGUGCGGUUUCAAAACAGGACUUUUUACUUCCCCUCAUUUGAUCGAUGUUAGAGAAAGAUAUCGCCUUGAUGGGAUGGACAUAUGCCAGGAAAAAUUUCUGCAAUACUUUUGGGGUUGUUGGAAUCAGCUCAAGGCAAACAUCUCUGAAGACUUACCUAUGCCUCCUCUCUUCCAGUUCCUUACUGUGUUGGCUUUUAAAAUUUUUGUGAGCGAGAAGGUUGAUGUUGCCAUCAUUGAAGUUGGCCUUGGAGGAAAGUUGGAUUCUACGAAUGUGAUUAAGGAACCUGUUGUCUGUGGUAUUACUUCUCUGGGUAUGGAUCACAUGGAAACUUUAGGAGAUACACUAGGCCAGAUUGCUUCUCACAAGGCCGGAAUUCUUAAGCCUCAAGUUCCUGCAUUCAGUGUGCUGCAACUUUCUGACGCAAUGGAAGUUCUUCAAGAAAGGGCCAAAGAGUUGAAGGUUUCGCUGCAAGUUGUCCCACCACUAACCUUGGAAAAGUUAAAUGGAACAAGGCUAAGCUUGUCUGGUGAUCACCAACUCACUAAUGCUGCCCUUGCUGUAUCCCUUUGUAAAAGUUGGCUUAGAAGUACAGGAAACUGGAAAAGGCUGUUUGAAGAUGCAUAUGAGAAAGAUGGUCUACCAGAGGAAUUCCUGAAGGGUCUUUCAGCUGCACGUCUUUCUGGCAGGGGUCAGAUUGUUGCUGACCCUCUGAUCAACGCAUCUGGAGGAAAUAAAAGGUUGUCAGGAGAUCUUACCUUCUACCUAGAUGGAGCUCAUAGUCCUGAGAGCAUGGAUGCUUGUGCGAGAUGGUUUUCUGCUUCUGUGGUAGAAAGAAAAGACAUGUCACUUUCAUCAGUUACUUCAAAAGACAAUAAAAUGGAGAGAGCCCGGACAAACGGUUACAUCAAACCUUGUAAUAACAAGGAUCCGGACGAAAUACCAAAGCGGAUUUUGUUAUUCAACUGUAUGGAUGCAAGAGAUCCUCAAAUUCUUCUUCCUAAGCUUGUCAAUACCUGUGCAUCAUCAGGUAUUUACUUCUCAAAAGCUAUUUUUGUGCCAAGCAUUUCGGCAUAUACCAAGGUUACUUCUGCUACCUCUGCUAUUCCCUCAUAUAUCCCUGGAAAGGAUUUGUCGUGGCAGUUUAACCUUCAGAGAAUUUGGGAGAAAAUCAUUCAUGGCAAAGAUGUUCUUGAUCAGAAUCUCAAGAUAAACGCCUCAGUAGGCGUACCACCCCAUGAAUUUCUUUAUAAAGAGGCUUCUCGUUGUGGUCCAGAAGAUGGAUAUUUUACUUGUAGUGCGGUUUUUCCUUCAUUACCAUUGACCAUAAAUUGGUUGAGGGAUUGUGUUAGAGAAAACCCUUCCCUUAGACUUCAGGUUCUUGUCACUGGUUCAUUGCAUCUUGUUGGCGAUGUAUUGAAGCUGCUAAGGAGGUAAUGUAAAAUUUCCUUCCCCAAGUGGUUGGGGGGUAGUUGAUGGAGACUGGAGAGUGUGAUAUCGUUGGAACAUUUUUCAAAGUUUCUCAUGCGACGCCAAGGUAGUUGAUGGAGAGUUCGAUAUCCUUGGAACGUUUUUGAGAGUUUCUCAUGCGACGCAAUCCAAUAUUCUUUUCCUUGAAACUGAAUUUUGUGCCAUUGUGUUGUCAUCAUUAUAGUUUUAUUUCCAUGUUCAUUAAUUUAUGCAGACAAUGUUUUAUCUUUAAAUUGGGAGAUUGGGCAGCCUGGUGCACUAAGCUUCCGCUAUGCACGGAGUCCGGGGAAGGGCCUGACCAUAAGGGUCUAUUGUACGCAGUCUUACCUUACAUUUCUGCAAGAGGUUGUUUCCGCGGCUCGAACCCGUUACCUCCUUUGAAAUCCUUCUAUCCAUGAAGCUGCUAUUUUCUAGUUCUAAAUGGUAUUGUUAGAGUAUAAGAUGACUUACUAUGUUAUAGCAUGUUUGAUGGAGAACAUUACAAAUCUCUACUCACUUUUUCUUUUAUAUAUAACGAUAGUGUUUGGGUCAUCUUGCGCA